AUGCAAUACUAUCAAUGUACAGUGAACCUACUUGAUCUUCCUCAGGAAAUUAUCUACAAAAUAUUCGAGUAUGUGAUCCCUUCCGAGUUUUAUUGUGAUGCGAAGGAUAUUCCUCCAUCGGAAGAGGAUGAUGCAGUACUGAGGUGGUUUGGUAGCAAAAUACAAAGGUCACAGUAUGGAUAUAUUAUUCCUUCGAAUAGAUUAAAUUUAUUCAAUGAAUUUGAACGAUUACAAAAUUAUUUAUUGAUUCAUAGGGAUUUGUUUUAUAGAAAUUUGAUUGAAUGUCAUUGUAACAGAAAUUUCAUUGGUGUUUGGAAGAAAAUUUUGUUAAUGCAUUAUUUGGCUUAUAAUUCGGAAAGCAGAUCAUCGCAAUUUAGUUGCACGAUGGAUAUUAAGAAUCUAUUGAACAGUGCAAAAACUGGAGAUCAUCAGUCAGUUCAUAAGUUAGUUGGAGAAGUACUGAACAGAUUUAAUGGAUCAAGAACACUUUUACAGACAUUUUUCAAAGUUGAAUUUUCAGGAGAGGAAACCAAAUAUCCCUAUUAUGUUUACCAAAGCUAUGAAAUAAUGUUUGAUAUCUUGAAAUCUGAUGAUGAUAGUGGAAUUAAGAAAGUUGAAUAUUUGAAAGGCCUGCUAGCAAGAUGUCCUUCUUGCACAAAAAAUCCAAAAUUUUUCUUUGCCAUCAUACACCAAGUGUCCUCCUUCUUUGUUUCACAAUCAAUUUAUUCAAAUGAGAUUAGGAAAAUUAAGAAAAAAUCUAGUGAACUCAAAUCUUUGAAAGAAUUUCUACUUUUACUAUUUUCUGAUUGUGGUGUAGUUCCUUUUUAUGCAGGCAGUAUUGAACACUUGAGAAUAAUUAUGGCAACAAUCAAGCUAGUUGGACUAGACGAUUUAUUUAAGCAAUUAAUGUACAAAUGGGUUUUGAAUAACCCAUGUAAUGCAGGAUCUCAUAAUGCAUACUUGAUACUAUUUGGAAAUAAGAAUGGGGCAAAGACCUUAAAUGGCUUCGAAUAUUGUAUACUGGAAUCAUAUGUAGUCAAGUGUGAAUUCGAUGAAUUGGCACUUGUAAUUUCUAAACUAGAAAAAGAAUCCCCAAAGAAUAUUAUUGGUGGAGUGGAAUAUAUUAUUUCCAUCUUCUUUAAAAGAUAUGAAUUGUUUCAAUCAAACCUUGAGGAAAAUUCUCAAAAAUUGAUGAAUCUGAUACGAGCUUGUUGGAACCUAUUCGACAGAUAUUGUGAAGAAUCAUUUAUUCUAAUCUUGGAAUCACUGGUAUCCAAUGCCUGUAGAAAGGCCCUUACCUUUAAAGACGAGAAGCCAAUUGUCACAUCUAUUGAAUAUUUCUAUUUUGAAUUAUUUUCAAAGAAAUUUUUGGGCUCACAUCUUUCCUCUAUGGAUAAUAUUAUUGAAAAAUCAAAAAUUCUAAAUCAGGCUAUUGAACAUCCAGCUAUAUUCAAGCAUUUCAUGGAAAAUAUGGGAAAUAAGAAAGCCUAUAAGAAUCAACUUAGAAGGGUUUGUAAAGACUCUAGUAUACUCAGCUCAAUAUUGGAUUGCACAGCACAUUUUAUGGGCAAUUCAGAUAAUGUAACCUAUUCCUAUAAGUUAAGAAUUGAAUCUAAUUUAUAUGAUUCAUACGAUUUGUUCGAGAAGAGAAUGAAGCUUGUUAAAGAGUAUCUCCAAAAUGAUUCCCUUCUUCAAAAAGCACUCUCUGACAAGUCAACUAAAUUCAAUAAGGACAUUGAGAAAAUCCUGCGCUAUUGUAAUACCUUUGACAGUAUUAUUCCAUUACACAAAACAAUGAACAGGAUUGGAGAUUACUUAAAAACUUUGUAA